UUAAAAAACUACAAAUCAUCGUGCUUGUGUUAUUUUCAUGCAAAUUAAUCAAACCCAAGUUCUAAUUCAAACGAUUUCCAUAUUUUUCUUACAAUUUUAACCUGAAUAAUCGAAUCCCUGUCUCCAUUCCCUUUGACGAUGUUCUCUGUUUCCGUGUAUGGGUGCUCUGAGAAAUUUGCUCUUCGAUUCGGACGUAGAUGAAGGGACAUUUGUGGUUAAAGUAGUUGAGAUCAUUUAGCACCAAGAAGUGAAUGAUGGAUGCUGCCGAGGUUGAAGAAAAUCUGUUUGCAGCAAGUGAUGCCAAGUUACAUGGAGAAAUGUGCAAGGCUCUCUCUAUAAUGUAUUGCAAAGUAUCGUCGAUGUUUCCAUCUUUAGAAGCAGCUAAGCCUAGGAGCAAAUCUGGCAUUGAGGCUUUAUGUUCAUUGCAUGUAGCCUUAGAGAAGGCCAAGAAUGUUCUUCAGCACUGCUCAGAGUGUAGUAAACUUUACUUGGCUAUAACUGCGGAUACUGUUCUUCUAAAAUCUCAGAAGGCUAAAUCUGCUAUUAAAGACAGCCUUAAGCAGGUGGAAGAUAUUGUUCCGCGAUCUAUUGCAUGUCAGUGUCAGGAGAUUGUGAAUGAAUUUGAUAGUAUAGAAUUUGCACUUGACCCAUUGGAGAAGCAAGUUGGCGGUGAUUUAAUUGCACUGCUUCAGCAAGGGAGACAAUGUAGCGGCUCUAAUAAUGAUGGUAGUGAGCUUGAAUGUUUUCACCAGUGUGCUAUUAAACUUGGAAUCACAUCUUCAAGAGAAGCUCUUACAGAAAGAAGAGCUCUCAAGAAACUCAUAGAAAGAGCUAGGGCUGAAGAAGACGAGCAAAAGGAAACAAUUGUUGCAUAUCUUUUACACCUUAUGAGGAAAUAUUCGAAGUUAUUUAAAAGUGAAAUUUCAGAUGAUAAUGAUUCACAGGGUUCUGCUCCUUGUUCUCCCACUACACAAGGACCUGUUGAGUGCAGCGUUCCUAGCUGUCAAUCUCAGGCCCUCAAGAGAGAGAUUUCAAAACGUUGUGCCAUUAGUUUAAAUCCAAUUAAUAGGAAAUCAGGACAGAUUCCUCUUCCGCCUCGAGAGUUGAGGUGUCCAAUAUCUUUGCAGCUUAUGUAUGAUCCUGUCAUCAUUGUUUCCGGACAAACAUAUGAAAGGGUUUGCAUUGAGAAAUGGUUCAGAGAUGGACACAACACUUGCCCCAAGACUCAACAGAAACUCGAGCAACUUUUGUUGAUUCCAAAUUACUGCGUUAAGGGUCUUGUCAUUACCUGGUGUGAACAGAAUGGAGUUUCUGUUCCCGAUGGCCCUCCUGAAUCUUUUGAUAUUAACUACUCGAGAUUGGCUUCGUCAGAGCCAGAAUCAACCAAUUCAAAAUCUGUAAACUCUUUGAACUCAUGCAAGUUGAAGGGUGUCAAAGUGGUUCCUUUAGAAGAGAGCAGUAUCUCAGAAGAAUCCAGAGUAGAUAAAAUGGAAGGUUUGUCUGCACAGGAGAAAGACACUGAGCAAUAUCUUGGGUUUCUGAAAGUUUUGGUCGAAGAGACCAAUUACAUGACAAAGUGCAAUGUUGUUGAACAAUUAAGGAUAUUAUUGAGGGAUAAUGAGGAAGCCAGGAAUUAUAUGGGAGCUCAUGGGUUGGUUGAGGCGCUUCUGCGGUUUCUAAAGUCAGCUGUGUCUGAAGGGAAUCAGAAAGCACAGGAAAGUGGAGCAAUGGCUCUGUUCAACCUUGCUGUGAAUAACAACAGAAACAAGGCAAUUAUGUUAUCAGCAGGAGUAUUACCAUUGCUGGAGGAAAUUUCUAGCUCAAGUUCAUAUGGUUAUGCCACGGCCCUCUAUCUGAAUCUCUCAUGCCUUGAAGAAGCCAAGACCAAGAUUGGCAAGACACAUGCUGUCCAAUUCCUAAUCCAUCUCCUCCAAACCAACACCGAGGUUCAAUGCAAGCAAGAUUCCCUCCAUGCUCUCUACAAUCUCUCCACUGUCCCUUCAAAUAUUCCAAACCUCAUUUCAUCUGGAAUCAUCAGUGGCCUCUCAUCUCUUCUCUCAGGCCAGAGUGAUAAUAAUGAUAAUACUAAUAAUAGCACGUGGACAGAGAAAUGCAUUCAUGUUCUGAUAAACUUGGCUGCUUCUCAUAUGGGAAAAGAGCAAAUAGUCUCAGCCCCUGGACUCAUUAACAUACUGGCUAAGAAACUAGAAUCUAGUGAGCUCUUAGAGCAGGAACAAGCUGUGUCUUGUCUUUUAGUACUGUGUAAUGGGUAUGAGAAAUGUAGCCGCAUGGUCCUAAGAGAAGGUAUAAUACCUGCAUUGGUUUUGAUGUCUGUGAAUGGAACACCAAGAGGGAAAGAAAAGGCUCAGAAACUUUUGAUGCUCUUUCGAGAGCAACGACAACGAGAUCCUUCGCCUGUUAAGACGCGUUUGUGUCCCCCUCCUGUUGCUGCUCCUGAAGCUAAGAAGAGUAAUAAUGUGGCUGUUCAUGUUCAUCCUCCUCCAGAAACCAAACCUGUGAUGAUCAAGUCCUUGUCUAGAAGAAUAAUUGAGAAGCCCUUUAGAUUUUUCUCCAAAAGCAAGAGUUAUUCUAUUUUCCAGAUUUAAGCUUCAAUGGUUGAAAAUUAAUUGAAUAAUCUCUGUAUCUAUUCUAUAUACUUGGCUUGCUUCCGUCUUUCCCUCUUUCCAGUCCACAUUAAUUGGUGCUACUAUCAUUUUCUGUGGGAAGCCACGAGAUGUACAGGGCAGCGUAGUUAUGGU